UAGCAACUCUAAAAGACUUACCAAGAACUUCAAAGAAAUAUAAAAGAGCUUAGUGAUGAAGAUUGUGUUUGCGAUUUUUAUGGUGACAACCGUCCAGAUGACGUUAUGCGACGAAUUCUCUUGCAGAGAUGAACACAGUUUACGAAGAUGGAGAGACCUUAAGCAUGUUCUUAAGCACCUGUACGCCAAGUACACUGCCUUUUUUGUCGACAUGGGUAACGAUACCGUAGUAAAACAACAGCCUCCCCGCCGUGUCAACAGCAGGACGAGGAGAGAUACCGCUGCCGUAAGGCCGUGCCCUUUCGAAUGGGUUGAAAACGUACAGAUCUCACGUUACCCGUCAACAAUCGUUCAGGCGGAAUGCUCAAAAUGUUCUACUUUAUGUACACCUGUGUAUUACAGUCAAAUGGUGUUUGAUCGAAGAUGUGACAAGAAAACUGGGCAUGUUGUAUGGCUUAGAAGAUGGUAUCGCACGCCAAUUUCAUUUGAACUCCCUGGCGAUUCUUACUAAAUCGAUUUAAACUCUGCACAAUUUAUUCCACACUUGUAAUCACUGGUGUAGAAAAAAAAAAACAAUUUCGACAUAAAUUACAGAGAAACAGGCCAAACAAUGUUAAUUAUGUAAUAAAUUGAUAAAUUGUAAAUAAUAGAAAAUAAAUUAAUUAAUAAGAUAUACUGAAAAUAAGAAUUUCUGAAAAAAAUUAUAAAUUGUAGCUUUAGUGUACGUCUUGUAUAGUAAUGUGUGUGGAUAUUGGCGUUGUAAAUAGUAUGUGCAUUUGAAAAAUAAAAAAAAGAUUAAAAAAAGAUAUGCUGAGUAAUCAUUUUACAAAACAAAGACAGAAUGAUUUCGGAAAUGUUUAUAUAUUCAAAAAGCCCUUAAAAUCAUUAUAAGACUUACCAUGGGUCAUAGCGACGCCAUUUUGUUCAGCAAAGCAUGAUGGGAGUUGUUGUCCUCGCGAUUUUUAUAGUCCCCUAAAAAUCCCUAAAARUAGUUUUUAUGUUUUAUUUUUAUGUAUUG